UUUUUUUUCUCUCUCUUUCCAGCUCUCUCUUCUUCCUCUUCUUGUUCAACAAAACCUAACAAGUUUUAUAUAUUUCAAAAUGGCUGAAGGUGUCUUCCCAGGUGCUAUCGGUAUCGAUCUUGGUACCACUUACUCAUGUGUUGCUACUUACGACUCUGCUGUCGAAAUCAUUGCCAACGAGCAAGGUAACCGUGUUACUCCAUCCUUCGUUGCAUUCACUCCAGAGGAGAGAUUGAUCGGUGACGCUGCUAAGAACCAAGCUGCUUUGAACCCAAAGAACACUGUUUUCGAUGCUAAGCGUUUGAUUGGUCGUCGUUUCGAUGAGGAGUCUGUCCAAAAGGAUAUCAAGACCUGGCCAUUCACCGUCAUCGAGAAGGAUGACGCUCCAUUCGUUGAGGUGGAGUACUUGGGUGAGAAGAAGACCUUUGCUCCACAAGAGAUCUCCUCUAUGGUUUUGACCAAGAUGAAGGAGAUUGCUGAGGCCAAGAUUGGUCAAAAGGUUGAGAAGGCUGUUAUUACUGUUCCAGCUUACUUCAACGAUGCUCAACGUCAGGCCACCAAGGAUGCUGGUGCCAUUGCCGGUUUGAACGUUUUGCGUAUCAUUAACGAGCCAACUGCCGCUGCCAUUGCUUACGGUUUGGGUGCUGGUAAGUCCGACAAGGAGAGACACGUCCUUAUCUUCGAUUUGGGUGGUGGUACUUUCGAUGUUUCCUUGUUGCACUUGGCUGGUGGUGUCUUCACCGUCAAGUCCACCGCUGGUGACACUCACUUGGGUGGUCAAGAUUUCGACACCAACUUGUUGGAGUUCUUCAAGGCUGACUUCCAAAAGAAGACUGGUAAGGACAUCUCCUCCGACGCCAGAGCUUUGAGAAGAUUGAGAACUGCUGCUGAGAAGGCUAAGAGAACUUUGUCCUCUGUUGCCACCACCACCGUUGAGGUUGACUCUUUGUUCGAUGGUGAAGACUUCUCUAUCAACAUCUCCAGAGCUAGAUUCGAGGCUAUCAACGAUGCUUUGUUCAAGUCUACCUUGGAGCCAGUUGAGCAAGUCUUGAAGGAUGCUAAGAUUGCUAAGAACCAAAUUGAUGAGGUUGUCCUUGUCGGUGGUUCUACCAGAAUUCCAAAGGUCCAAAAGUUGUUGUCCGACUUCUUUGACGGUAAGCAAUUGGAGAAGUCCAUCAACCCAGAUGAGGCUGUCGCUUACGGUGCCGCUGUUCAAGGUGCUAUCUUGACCGGUCAAUCUACUUCCGAAGACACCAAGGACUUGUUGUUGUUGGAUGUUGCUCCAUUGUCUCUUGGUGUUGCUAUGCAAGGUAACGUCUUUGCUCCAGUUGUUCCAAGAAACACCACUGUUCCAACCAUCAAGAGAAGAACUUUCACCACCGUUGCUGACCACCAAACCACUGUUCAAUUCCCAGUCUACCAGGGUGAGCGUGUCAACUGUGCUGAGAACACCUUGUUGGGUGAGUUCGACUUGAAGAACAUCCCACCAAUGCCAGCUGGUGAGCCAGUCUUGGAGGCUAUCUUCGAAGUUGAUGCUAACGGUAUCUUGAAGGUCACUGCCGUUGAGAAGUCUACUGGUAAGUCCGCUAACAUCACCAUCUCUAACGCUGUCGGUAGAUUGUCUACUGCUGAGAUUGAGAAGGCUAUUGAAGAUGCUGAGAAGUUCAAGUCUUCUGAUGAUGCUUUCUCUAAGCGUCACGAGGCCAAGCAAAGAUUGGAGUCUUACGUUGCUUCCAUCGAGGCUACUGUUACUGACCCAGUCUUGUCCUCUAAGUUGAAGAGAGGUUCUAAGGACAAGAUCGAGGCUGCUUUGUCUGAUGCUCUUGCUGCUUUGGAGGUUGAAGACUCCUCUGCUGAUGACUACAGAAAGGCUGAGGUUGGUUUGAAGAGAGUUGUUACCAAGGCUAUGGCCACUCGUUAA